AUGGGUGAGCAGUACUCGCCAACGUACACCGGCGAGGCGGCGCCGGCGGCGCCGGAGCGGCGGUACCGCGGCGUGCGGCAGCGACCGUGGGGCAAGUGGGCGGCGGAGAUCCGCGACCCGCACAAGGCGGCCCGCGUCUGGCUCGGCACCUUCGAGACCGCCGAGGCCGCCGCGCGCGCCUACGACGACGCCGCGCUCCGCUUCCGCGGCAGCCGCGCCAAGCUCAACUUCCCCGAGGACGCGCGCCUCACCGUCACCCCGCCAGCCGCCAACUCAUCAGCUGCGCCAACCAUGGCUUCUUCUUCGGCGGCCGGCUACGGCUACCCGGCCGGCGCCGUCUCGGACUACCUGCAGUACCAGAUGCUUCUUCACAGCGGCGGAGGUGGCGGCUACCCACCGUACUACGGCGGCGGCGGUGGCAUCAGCACUUCUUCUUCAGGGUCGUCCUACUCGUUCCCGGACUCUUCCGUCACCGUGGCCUCCGUGCCGUCUUCUGCCUCCUCUGCUUCCGGCUACGGCGCCGGCGGCGCCGCGCCGGAGUACGGCGACGCCGAGCAGUGGGCAUGGCAGCCGGACACUGCGUGGACCUACCCGGCGACUACGGGCUCCUGGUCCGGUUCGAGCCAAUAUCCGCCGCCACCUCGUCGUCAAUAGCUAGCAGUUUCUUUUUUGUUCCUUGAAGAAAAACAGUGGCCGGCUGGCUGCAAGUAGCCUGCAGCACGGUGCCACGGUGUGAAUGGUGUUGUUCAACACGGACCGGUGCCACGCCUGCAGGAGGCCAGAGAAGGGGUUUGCACCAGAGUACUGUAAUGUUCGUUAUUUUGCUUUGUUCAUGUUAAUUAACCAUGUUUCCUUUUGAAAUGAAAAAGGAAAAUCGAGGUUU